AUGACCCUGAAAAUUUUCCUCACCGGCGUGACGGGCUACAUCGGAGGCGACGCCUUCCAUGCUCUCUAUAAGCAGCACCCGAACUACGAGUACGCGCUCCUCGUCCGCUCCGAGGAGCGUGCAGCGCCUGUGAAGGAGGCCUAUCCGAACGCCAAUGUUCGCAUCGUGGUCGGCACCCUGACCGACUCGGACGUCAUCGAGAAGGAGGCCGCUGCCGCCGACAUUGUUGUCCACACCGCCGACUCUGCGGACGACGUUCCUUCAGCGCAAGCCAUUGCUAAAGGUCUCGCCGAAGGCCACACUGCGGAGAAGCCCGGCUUCUGGCUUCACGUCUCGGGCACGGGAAUUCUGCAAUGGUACGACCAAAAACACGAGCGCUACGGCGAGGCCCCCCUCCCGGAGCAAGACUACCACGACAUCCGCGACAUCGACCGCCUGCUCAGCCUCCCCGACGAGGCCAUCCACCGCAACGUCGACAAGAUCGUCCUCGCCGCGAACUCCUCCCCCGCCGUCCGCACCGCCAUCGUCUCCCCGCCUACAAUCUACGGCCAGGGCCGCGGGCCCGUCAACCAGCGCUCCAUCCAGGUCCCCGCCCUCGCCAAGGCCACGCUCGAGAAGGGCUUCGCGCCGAUCAUCGCGCCGGGUAAGACGGAGUGGAACAAUGUGCAUGUGCACGACCUCUCGGCCUUCUUCGUGACGCUCGCCGAUGCGACGCAGGAGGCUGGAAAGAAUGCUGACCCGGAGGUGUUUGGGCCGUGCGCAUACUACUUCGUCGAGAGCGGCAACCACGUCUGGAGCGAGGUCGCGCGGUGGAUCGCGGAGGAGGCGUACAAGCAGGGGUAUCUGCCGGCGCCGCUGACCAAGCAGGCUACGAUGAAGGAGGCGCUGCAGUCGGAGGGGGUGUCGAAUAACAGCUGGGGCCUCAACUCGAAGAGCAAGGCGGAGAGGGCGCGCGAGUACCUUGGAUGGGAGGGCAGAGACAAGAGCUUGGAGGAGGAGAUCCCCGCGACCCUGUCAUGGGAGGCGAAGUUGUUGGACUUGCAGCCGCACGAGAAGGUUAGAAAGUGA